UGCUAAUUCAUGUGUAUGUACAUGAAUUGUAAUUAAAAUAUAUAUUUGGAGUGUUAGCGUGUAUGAUUAUUUUGUGAUUAAGAUUUUAAAUUAGAAUUUUUGGGUUGACGGUUUAAGAUCGAUGGUUUGAAAUUAUGCGUUUGGGUGAUACUCCAUCUUCAACUUCAUCAAUCUCACAAAUCCAACAGAAGAGAACAAAAUGCAUCUGAGAUCUGAGCCCAAACUCUUGGCUGGUCACCUGCAUAGACUGCCUUCAAUUCCACGACGACUCCAUGGCCUUAUCGACAGUCUUCCGAGCUCUCUACGAUCCGAAGAAUCUCUCAAGGGGAAAGAUUGUUCACUGCAAGAUAAUUGUCUCCAGUCUUCUCCCAGAUGUCAUCACAAGCAACCAUUUGAUGUCAAUGUACGCAAAAUUUGGACUUUUGGAUGAUGUUCGCUGUGUGUUCGACGACAUGCCCUACUUGAACGUUGUCUCAUGGUCUAUACUUAUAAACGCUCAAUCCAAGAUAGGUUCGGUUAAGGAAGCCUUUGACUGCUUCAGAUUAAUGGUUUCUGAUGGCUUCCAACCUAAUGAUUUCACCUAUGUGAGCGUUUUAUCCGCUUGUGCAAAGCUUAGUGCUGUGAAACCAUGCAAGGAAAUUCAUGGGAGGGUUUACAGGUUUGAAAAUGUUAUCUCAAAUAGAUUCGUGAGUAAUUCGUUGAUGAAUUCUUAUUCAAAAUGUGGCUUUGUUUGCUCAGCCCAAAAGGUGUUUGAUGAAAUUUUGCAGCCGAAUUUGGUUUCAUGGAGUUCCUUGAUUUCGGGGCAUUGUCAAUUUGGAGAACAUGAAGAAGCUUUGAGAAUUUUCUCAAGGGCUAGACGACAAGGUGUGAUGAUUAAUGAGUUUGUGCUUGCUAGUGUGUUGAGUGCUUGUUCUGGACUGGAAGAAUUAAAGGUGGCUAAACAACUGCAUUGCAUUUCCCUGAAAAAUGGUCUUUUCUUUGAUUCAUUUGUGGAGGCUGCGACUAUUGGCAUGUAUGUAAAUUCUGGUGAUCUGGAAUCAGCUUAUCUUGCUUUCUCAGAUAUAAAAGAACCAGGAUUAGCUUCUUGGGCUGUAAUCAUCAGAGGAUUUGCUUUAGAAGGCUAUGGAGAGAAAGCAAUGUGUCUCUUUCGGAAGCUAAACUCUACUGGCUUGAGACCCAACGAGCAUGUCCUCCCAUCUAUUCUGGUUGGUUGCUCCAUGUCCCAUAUUGUUGAAGGAGGGAUGCAGAUCCAUUCCCUUCUAAUAAAGUUAGGAUAUCAGAUGUUUUCUUGUGUUGGCAACACAAUUUUGGAUUUCUAUGCAAAAUGUGGAAUGUUUAGGGAAUCAUUACUAGUAUUUGAAGCCAUGGAAGAGAGGGAUGUUGUAUCAUGGAAUGCUAUUUUUGCUGCAUAUAUCAGACAUGGCGAUCUUAUUGGAGCUUCAAAGCUUCUGAACGAAAUGCUACUUCAAUGCAAAGAUCUAAAUGUCUGCACUUACUCGAGCAUUCUUAGUCUCUGUGCUGAUCUUCCUGCCAUAGAAUGGGGGCUCGCCACGCAUUGUUGUGUUCUUAAAUUAGAUUUCGAUGCCAAUGUUGUAGUCGGAAGUUCAUUGAUUGACAUGUAUGCAAAGUGCGGAUGGUUGAACUAUGCUCUUAGAAUUUUUAACAGAAUGCCUUCAGAAAACUUGGUUUCUUGGAACAGCAUGAUUUUUGGCUAUGCUCAGCAUGGAUUCGGCAUGGAAGCAGUAGAAAUGUUUCAUAGAAUGGAAGCAGAAGGCAUUGUCUCAAAUGAGAUCACUUUCAUUGGAAUUCUUUCUGCUUGUGCCCGUGUUGGUCUUGUUGAGCAAGGGGAGAUUAUCUUCAAACUAAUGAAAACAAAAGGGAUAAUUCCAAGGAUUGAGCACUAUGCUUCCAUGGUUGAUCUGUUUGCUCGAGCUGGGGAGACGAAGAGGGCCUACAACUUCGUCAAAAACAUGCCUAUGGAACCAAAUACUGUAAUUUGGCGUUGUCUUUUGGCUGGCUGUAAGAGCCAUGGGGAUUUAAACAUUGGAAUGCUUGCAGCUAAAUACAUUCUCAACGAUGAGCCUCAUGAUAUUUCAGCUCGUGCCAUGGCAUCUGCUCUUUAUGUAAGUGCUGGUUUGUGGGAUGAGAGAGCUAAAGUUAGAGGUACACCAAAGAGGGAAGCUGAGAAGGUGCCAGGCCGAAGUUGGAUUGAGGUGAAGGGCAGAUUUCCUCAUGCAGUCAAUGGAUUAUUAACUUAAGGUGAUGGUUGUAACAUAUUCACAGAUAAGUAGAACAAGGUGACAGUGGCCAAAAUAAAGAGCUUUAGCAUUAGUGAUACCCUAUAACAAUGGAAUAAUUUUGCAGCACAAAGCACAACAAUGGUUAAUACUGAUGUUAUAUUGUUGCAGUGGUUUAUACCACAGCUAUGUAGUAAUGAUUUUAAUGGAUGCUACAUAGUAGAAUUGUUCUACUUA